GCCGUGGAAGCGGCCCGUGUGCCCUUGGGCAGGCUCGCAGCUCCGUGCCGUCAUGAUCCACCAGGUGAUUCCUCUGGAGGAGAGCAUGGGUCUGGAGCCGGAUAGGCACCGCCCGGAAAACUGGAGGCAGCAGUUGGCAGACAGUGGCAUCUACAUCUUCAGCUGCUAUCCGGAUGCCGCUCUCAAGCUUCACGACAUUUCGCAAGACUUGAUCUCUGCCCGACAGCUUCGCAAGGUGGCCGAGGAUGCAAUCGAAAAGUUCGACCACGCUAGGGUGCUCUACCCGGAGUGGGCCAACGAUUGGUCACCAAUCGAGCGCUCGCUGCGGCAAUCGAUUCGGCGCGGCGUGGCUGCUAUUUUAUUUUCUCUGACCCCACGACCUACACCACCAUCGCCACCAUUUGUCCUCAAGAUCGGUCCAGGGUUUCUCGGUUAUAGGAUGCCCUCAGCGGCAUACCGACACACACGAGGCCCACAGUCGAGUGGGCCGGCCCAAGCCACAUUGGGCAGAGUCAUGCUUAGUAGCAGCCUCCCAGCGUUUGGAUCACCUCACGUCAGAUAA